AUGCUGUCAGCAUCAGUCUUUAACAAAAUCAUCAGUAAAACCCACAAUAAAGUGAUUGGUGUUGCGAAGAACUAUGUGCCACAGACUUCAGAUAUUGUGUAUAACAGAAUCAAGAACCCAUAUUUCUUCUUCAAGCCAAAUUCUAGUAUCCUCGAUGCCACUGAAUCAAACCCUAAGCCGAUCAAGAUUGAUAGCGAGGGUGAUGUUAUCCCAGAGAUAGAACUAGGCUUCAUGAUCUCAAAGACAGGCAAGCAUAUUAAAGAAGACGAAUGGCAGUCCUAUGUUGGAGGAUACUUCCUCGCUAUGGAUAUUACAGAUGCAAAAGUGCUACAGAAGGAGCCCAUGAACUUAGCAUUCUGUAAAGGACAGGAUUCCUUCACCCCUAUUGGAAAGUUGCUUCUUCCUAAAGAUGUUGAGGAUCCACACGACCUUACCCUCAAGCUUGAGGUUAACGGCAGUCCUCGUAUUGAAGGAAAAACAGGAGAGAUGAUCUACAGUGUCUCUAAGAUGAUCCGUAUGCUCUCUAUAUAUAUGACCCUCGAGCAAGGUGAUAUGAUCCUGACAGGAAGUCCUAUCUCGGCUGGCAGAGUUAAACCUGGAGAUCAAGUCAAAGCACAAAUGUUUGCCGAGGAUGACCUGCUAGAUGAGUUCUCCCUGAAUGUGGAGGUAUUAUAA